GCACCGCCGGCCACCGCCUCCCGGGCUGCGGAGCGCCGCGAGCAGGUUGUUGUUUUCAUGAGAGGCGUCACCGCGCGCAGAGCCGUGACCGCCGGCGGCGCCGUGGCAGCCCAGCUCAGCUCAGCGGGCGGAGGUGGCGGCGCUCGCUGCCCCUGGCAGACGUGAGACAUGUCUGAAAACUCCAGUGACAGCGACUCAUCCUGUGGCUGGACUGUCAUCAAUCAUGAGGGAUCUGACAUAGAGAUGGUGAAUUCGGAACCCGGCCCGGGCGGCAGGACUCCUGAGCUGGCCCCGGAGACUUCGGCUGCCGAGCAGGAGCCGGUGCCAGAGCUGCAGCUGGAACAGGAAGAGGCUGAUCGGAGCGGUGUGGUGCUGAUGGGAGAAGUAGCUCACCCAUCUUUGGAGGAAAUGAAGCCGGCAUUUGAGGGAGAAGCAGAAAAGUCUGCAGAGGAUCACGUCUAUAUCGGAACUAUCAGUGACGACUCUGACAUUGUGACCCUGGAGCCGCCUAAAGUGGAAGACCUGGGGAGUCAAGACGCAGCGCUGGGUGCGAGGGCAGAGCCCAGCCUGGAGGGUUUCCACAUGGGCUCCUCCUCCAGCAGCCAGUACACCUUCUGCCAGCCAGAGACGGUAUUUUCAUCUCAGCCCAGCGAUGACGAAUCCAGUAGUGACGAAACGUGUCAUCACCCGAGCCCUGCCUUGAAGCGGCGCCGGACUAAGAAGAAGCCCACAUCCGCUUUGGACCCCGAAGAGCGUCCACCGGCCGAGCAGGAGCCGGAGCCGUCAGCGGAGCCCUGCAAACGCCAGUUCAGCAGUGGCCUCAACAAGUGUGUCGUCCUAGCCCUGGUGAUCGCAGUCAGCAUGGGGUUCGGCCAUUUCUAUGGUACAAUUCAGAUUCAGAAGCGCCAGCAGUUAGUUAGAAAGGUUCAUGAAGAUGAAUUGAUUGACGUGAAGGAUUAUCUUUCCCAGUGUCAACAGGGACCAGAGUCUUUUAUAGAUUAUCAGUCCCUGAAGGAGAACCUGGCCCGGUGUUGGGCCCUCACGGAGAGAGAGAAACUGUCCUUUGAGACUCAGAAGCGAGACCUGCAGACAGAGAACCAGCACUUGCGGCUGUCUCUGGAGAAGGAAGAAGCAGCCCUGUCCUCGCUACAGGAGGAGCUGAGGAGACUCAGAGAGCAGGUCCGGGUGCUGGAGGGCAAAGGCACCAGUCCCGAGUUAGUCACGGAAAAUGAGCAGCUCAGGCGGCAUCUGGAGGAAGAGAGGCUGAAGGCGCACAGCUUCCUGGGCCAGAAGGAGAGGCUCCUGGCAGAGGCCGCGGCGCUGCGGCGGGAGAUGGAGCGGGAGCGGCUCGCGGCCCGCGCCCUGCGGGUGGAGCUCCAGCAGCUCAGCGCCCGGCCCGCCCCCGGGGACCCCGACGACUCUCCGGGAGGGCGGGAAGAGCAAAGGGAAACUGACACGUUGCGGGCAAGGCUGGCCGAGCUGGAGCGGAAGCUGAACUUCGAGCAGCAGCGGUCCGACUUGUGGGAGAGAUUGUACGUCGAGGCGAAAGAUGAAAAAGGAAAGCAGGAAGCGGACGGGAAAAAGAGAGGGAGCAGGGGAAACCACAGAGCUAAAAAUAAGCCCAAGGAAACAUUCUUGGGCUCUGUGAAGGAGACGUUCGAUGCCAUGAAGAAUUCCACCAAAGAGUUCGUGCGGCACCACAAGGAGAAAAUUAAGCAGGCGAAGGAAGCCGUGAAAGAAAAUCUGAAAAAAUUCUCAGACUCGGUCAAAUCCACCUUCCGGCACUUCAAAGACACCACCAAGAACAUCUUCGAUGAAAAGGUCAGCAAAAAAGCUGGCAGCUCCAAAGAGGCGGGAGCGAAAGAACAGACGGUGUUUAGUGAGUACUUAUACCCCUCGUACAAGGCGCGCACGCAGAACCAUGCGAGCAGAGGCCCUGCCGCGGAGAGGGAGGGAAGGAAGGUCAAGUCUCCGCCCUUUGAGGAGUUUGUGAGAAGUCCUGAUUCCCAGAAGCGUGGCGCUGAGCGGAGAGCCUGCGGCGACAGCCCCGAGCCCCGCAGGAAGGCCUGUGCCAGCGCGGGCCAGUGCGCGAGGCCCGAGUCCAAGAACCUUUUCAGUCCCGUGAGGAUCGAGGAGUUUCGGAAGCUGAUGGAGAGGUACUUGCUGGAGCAGUUGGGGAGUUUCCAUCACUGGAAAGAGCUCGAUCAGUUCAUCGCGGCGUUCUUCCUCAACGGUGUCUUCAUACACGACCAGAAGCUUUUCACGGACUUUGUCAACGACGUGAAAGAUUAUCUCAAAGACAUGAAGGAGUACCAGAUAGAUAAUGACGGAGUCUUUGAGGAGUUGGAUGGAUACAUAUAUAGACACUUCUUUGGUCACCCCUUUUCCCCUCCGUAUGGACCCAGUCGGCCAGAUAAAAAGCAGCGUAUGGUAAAUAUUGAAAACUCCAGGCAUCGAAAACAAGAGCAGAAGCACCCUCAGACACAGCCUUAUAAAAGGGAAGGUAAAUGGCAUAAAUACGGUCGCACUAACGGAAGAUACAUGGCAAAUCUUGAAAUAGAGUUGGGGCAGUUACCUUUUGAUCCUAAAUACUGACUAUCAUGAUGAAGUUGAAUUAGAAAACUUGUAACAGAAACUUGGAUACUCUCUUCAAUGUUUGGUAUUGAAGAUGAAAUUACCAAAUUAACAAUGGCCUUUUUAUUUCCAUAUAUCAGUUUGGUUUUGUUAUGAUUAUCAUUCAGAGGCAUCAAAAGCUUACUAACCCGCAUUUUCCUGUAGUCUAGCUGUGCUGAACUCUUUCGGCACGGGAGCUGUAGUAGUUCAGCUAGUGUAAUUUGGGAAGACAGGCGUGCAACAGAUUUUGUGCAUGAAACAAGACUUCCUUUAAAGCAAGCUCAGAUCAUAUGCGACAAAGUGUAAUGAACACUAAUGUGAUUACUUGCAGUUAGAGCUUGAAAAAAGUACAUUGGGAUGGAAUUUCAUCUUUUACAUUUUAUAACCUUAUAUUUGCUUCUUGUCUUUUUGUGGGUUCAAGAGCCCCGUUGACUUGUGAAGAAUUUGCUGCCUUCUUAUGAACUUGCUGACUUGUUCUCUUGUGAAAUUUCUUGCACAUCUGAAUAUUGUGGAAGAAACAAUAAAACUACACCAUGAGGAAAACUGAAGGUCUUUAUUUAAAAUCUG